CCUUCACCAGGCAGCUGUCGCUUAUUUCUUCCUUCAUGUUGAAUCCUAAUCAUUACUUUCAAAGGAAAGCAUCUCUGAAGCUCCUUUAUCAAGUGUCCACGCUGGGAGCAGACAAGCGGCUAUCCGACACCCACUCAGGCAGCUCUUCUUCUUCUGAAGACAUCCAUUCUGUUGAUGGGGUGCAUUUUUGUUUUCAGGCUGCAUCUUCAAGUUUGGAAAGAAUAGAAAGAAAAGCCGGAAGGAGUCUUGCAGUGAUACCAUGAGGUUGAUUCUGGUUAAGCCCACCAAUGCAACAAGACGUCUUGACUCAACAGGCGAAGUCUUCCAAGAUGGCGAACAUCAACAUUGUGCUACAGGAGGUCCUGAAGAGAAACACGAUACGUUCUCCGGAAGCCCUGGCAAAACAUCUUCAUCCCCGCGGAAGAAGAGUCGCUGCUGUGCUUCGUCUUCCCUCCAUGAGAACUCUAAUGGAAUCAUCCCCCCAAAAGCUUUGGCUCAGAGGUCGCCUCAGAAAACCCAGAACCUGUCGCUGUCACAGCUGAGUGACCAAGACUGGCAGCUGCUUUGCGGCGAGGAUCCACCCACAGCAGGAAUGGCGGAAGAUGUUGCGGAAAACCCAAACCAUACGGAGAGAUGCGGCUGCCCAUGUCCUGACGCUCUCCAUUAUUCUGAUGUCUUAAGUUUACGGACACAAUCAAAUAGACAAAGUGUCUCAAAAGUCAGAAAUAAGAGGAGUUUUUCAUCACCUCAUACCCUACCCUCCUCUGAAAGCACCGCUUGCAUGGUUUCAAAGCAGCCAAAAAAUCCCAAGGACCAACGCAAACCUCCGACAAACCACCCGAAGAACAUCAUCGUGCCUCAGUGCUCCGACCAGGGGGUUGAUAAAGAGCAGCGUUGCGGUCAUGCUAAAGUCAGAGACUGCACCCAAGUAACCCACUCAAAGUUGUUCAACAUUCCUCUAAACCCAGCUCAGAGUGCCACAACGAAUGAGAAACUUUCUGCCGUCAGUUCCGAUGUCAACUGGAGAGAGCUUUUUGGCAAAGAACCCCUCUUGGUGCAACAGUAUCAAAGGAAUGAGAGCCCCUCAACUGGUGAUCAAACACGGAAGCCAUCAGGAGAGUCGUCGUUUGCGCUCAAGUGCCGCCACCUUCCUUACAAUCGCCUGACAAGAACGCCGUGGGGAAAGAGGUCAGCUACACCAGCCAGUCAGAAGAGUUUCAUGUCGUUCUCCACCAGCCAGUGUAGUUUGCUUGAAAACCAAGAUUUAGUGGAGAGAACACGAGAGCAAGAAAGUCAGGAACCCUCUCAGCAUCUCACUGGAUCCAAAUUGUCGCUUCCCAAACCCUCUGUUCCACUUCCUGACACCUUAGAGGCAUACAAUGUCCAAAACGGUGAUGCAGUGCGACCGCUCAGUAGCCUGGGUACUUUGAGCUCUAGUUUUGCAGAUUUCCCUUCAGACCAGCAGCAACUUCAGCUCCUUCACAGUGCCAUCCUUGAGGACGCCUUCUCCAAGGUCAUCGGAGAAGACUCCAGUAAGGCCAACAGUGAGAACAUGACCAGAGCGGAGGAAAGCAAGCCACAGAAGAAAACAAAGGACAUCAGCUACCGGCUGGGUCAGAGGAGAGCUCUCUUUGGGAAGCGCAAACAGCUGAGCGACUAUGCGUUGGUCUGUGGGAUGUUUGGCAUCAUUGUCAUGGUCAUAGAGACAGAGCUUUCAAGGGCUUUUUACACUAAGGAAUCCAUCUAUUCUUACGUACUGAAAGGCUUGAUCAGCAUUUCCACUGCAAUUCUUCUUGGACUCAUUCUGAUGUACCACGCAAGGGAAAUACAGCUCUUCAUGGUGGACAACGGGGCGGAUGACUGGAGGAUAGCCAUGACCUUAGAGAGGAUCCUCUUGAUUGCGUUGGAGCUCCUCGUCUGUGCCGUCCAUCCAAUCCCAGGCCAGUACGUGUUCACCUGGACCGCGCGCCUCGCCUUCAGCUACACCGCAUCCGUGGCAGACGCCGACGUAGACAUCCUUCUUUCGGUGCCAAUGUUCCUUCGCCUGUACCUGAUCGGGCGCGUCAUGCUGCUCCACAGCAAGCUGUUCACGGAUGCCUCCUCGCGCAGCAUCGGGGCCCUCAAUAAAAUUAAUUUUGACACUCGUUUUGUGAUGAAGACCCUGAUGACCAUCUGCCCCGGGACUGUCCUGCUGGUCUUUAGUGUGUCCUGCUGGAUCAUUGCAGCGUGGACAGUGCGUGUAUGUGAGAGGUAUCACGAUGCACAGGAAGUAACAAGCACCUUCCUAGGAGCAAUGUGGUUGAUCUCCAUCACUUUCCUGUCCAUCGGUUAUGGAGACAUGGUCCCUCACACCUACUGUGGGAAAGGAGUUUGCCUGUUAACAGGAAUUAUGGGAGCAGGUUGUACAGCGUUGGUGGUGGCUGUUGUCGCAAGGAAAUCGGAACUCACAAGAGCUGAAAAACACGUCCACAACUUUAUGAUGGAUACUCAACUUUACAAAAAGAUAAAGAACACAGCGGCAAAUAUUUUAAGGGAGACUUGGCUCAUCUACAAAAACACAAAGCUGGUCAAAAAGAUUGACCACGCCCGCGUGCGCCAGCAUCAGCGAAAGUUCCUGCAGGCAAUCCACCAACUGAGAAGACUCAAAAUGGAGCAAAGGAAACUGACUGACCAGGCAAAUACUGUUGCUGAUCUUGCAAAGACUCAGAACAUGAUGUACGAUCUGGUGUCAGACCUGCAGCAUCGAACCGGGGAGCUGGACAGAAGGAUCGUGGCUCUGGAAGAGAAACUGGACACCAUCCUCCUCGGAGUGCAGUCGCUGCCGCUUGUGCUGUCUCAAGCAAUAGCAAAACUGCAAAAAGAUUUCCUCGAUGACUUAGCCUGUCGCGUUCACUUCUUGUCGUCCUCGCUGAGCUCGGAGUGCUGUUCCGCACACCCCAAGCAACUUUGUCCGGGAUCAAGCACACCGGAGACGCCGUACAGCUGAGAGGCCUCUCCGGUUUCCUUAGUUUUUGUACCAAAAACCACAACAGGGAUUAUUUCCUUUUAAAAAAGAAUAUUACAAAUUGUACAAAUUCACAACACAUUGGUUAAAUGAUCAGGAUUUUACGGUUCGUGCUAUGAUAGAGCUUUUACAUCUGCAUGAAAAUAAAUACAUUUACUCAAAAAUAAAAUAUAGUUUGGUCAAACUUGGGCUUAAAGUGGUUAAUUCAGAAAGGCUGCCUUUUUAAACCUUAUCCUCUUAUUAUUCAGCAAUUGAAAUCCCUCCAGCAAAUAAAGCCAGAGAUGAUACUGUAGAUCUUUAAUAAAAACUUUAAAAACAUUGAUAUCUGGAAGUAAAAAUGUCACACAGUAUAUUCAGCCUGUUGUUAUAAUGAAUAAAUAAUUCAUAAUUAAUAACGUGUAGCAACAAGUUCAAACUGUCAAUGGCCUAAUGUGUUUGUUUUUAAUGUGUUUGCUUUUAAAGAAAGCUUUAUAUUUUCUGUGAGCAUCGAUGUACUUUAAAAGAAGCAAUACGCACAUUUAUUUUUAAUACACUCAAAAAGUGCUCUUAGAAAACACACUGGCAGAAGCCAGAAAUGUUUAGUGGUUUUUUUUUAAAAUAUCUAAAUCAUAUGCUUUCAUGUUUACCUGAUAUCAGGAUAUGACAAAUCAUGUCAUUCUUACCAAGAUUUGAACAAAUUCCUGCUUUUGUUUUGAUUCAUCAUUAAAUGGCAUUUCUUCAAAUUUGGCUGUGUAGAUUGAGUGCUGUUUCGGGUGACUUUCCAAUACAAAUGGAAAAAUAUUCAGAAUUAUUUAUCAUUUUCCU